AUGGGCUUCUGGAAGUCCUCCCCCUUCUUGGCUUUCAGCAUCUUGGUCCUGUGCCAGGCAGGCAGCCUCCAGGCGGCACCAUUCAGGUCUGCUUUGGAGAGCCUCCCAGACCCCACUGCACUCAGUGAGAAAGAAGGCCGCCUCCUGCUGGCUGCCCUGGUGAAGGCCUACGUGCAGAGGAAGGCAAAUGAGCUGGAGCAGGAGCAGGAGCAGGAGGAGAUGGAGGGCUCCAGCCUGGACAGCUUCCGAGCUAAGCGGUGCAGUAAUCUGAGUACCUGUGUGCUGGGCACAUACUCGAAGGACCUCAACAACUUUCAUACAUUCUCUGGCAUCGGCUUCGGGGCUGAAACACCUGGGAAGAGAAGGGACAUAGCCAGCAGCUUGGAGAGGGGCAGUUAA